AUGCACAUCCAAGCAUUGCCUGUGCCCUCCUGCUGCGCCACGCGCGCCUCCAGGGUCCAGCCUUUUCUGCGCAAGAUCUUUGAGGGCAUCAACGGUCUCGAGUUCGACGCGAAGGGCGUCGUCACGGCUAUGCGCAGCGAGGAGGGGGAGAGCGUCACGUUCGCAAAGCCGUUUGACCCCGCAACUGCGGGCGGCGCGGUGGAGCGGUGGCUGAUCGACUGCGAGGCCGCCAUGAGGGACACACUCAGGGCGGUGGUGCGGCAGUCGUUUGAUGCUUAUGCGUCACGCGAGCGCAUCAAAUGGGUCUGCGAGUGGCCGGGCCAGGUUGUGCUGUGCGUCGACAGCAUGUACUGGAGCCACGACGUCGCCGCGGCCAUCGUGGUGGACAAGGUGCGGGCGCAGCUGAGCAAGCUGGAGCGCCGCACCCUCAGCGCGCUCAUCGUCAUCAACGUGCACGCCAGGGACGUUGCUGAUGAGCUGGCGCGCCAGAAUGUGGCCAGCGAGAACGACUUCGAGUGGACCAGCCAGCUGAGGUACGGCUGGGACUCUGCCCGUGAGGGCGUGGUGGUGCGCAUGCUCAACGCGGCCCUGGGCUACGGCUACGAGUACCUCGGAAACGGCGGGCGCCUCGUCAUCACGCCGCUGACGGACAGGUGCUACCGCACGCUGAUGGGUGCCCUGCACCUCAACCUAGGGGGCGCACCAGAGGGCCCCGCGGCGACGGCCUUGACUACCUCGCGAUGGUGCGCUUGA